AUGACCCCAAAAGCGAAAUCGAGAACGUCUGUGGGAGCGAAAAGGAAACAUGAGGAUGAGAAGGAUGUUUCCAGCAGUGAAAGUGGAAGUGGAAGUGAAUUGAGCGAAUACGAUCAUGAUAAUUCCGACGAUGGCUACGAUCAUUUGCCAUCAGGAAGCAAGAAUACCAAGAAGACCAAUGGGGAUGUUUCACCUGCGAAAGGCAAGGCAAAGACCAAAUCAAAACAGCAAGAAGCCAAGUCAAAAGUACAAGACAGUCCAAAGAACAACAGGAAGAAAUCCCAAGAUUCUCCUAAAUCCAAUAAGAAGUCCAAAACAUCUCCAGCAGACAUCAUACCCCGUAUCAAAUCUACAAAUCCCAAAGCUUUAUUGGAAUACCUCUUAUCUGACGAAGCAUUAGACUAUGCUAACCCUGCUCCUGAAAGGGGGUACGGCGAAGUAGACUGGUCCAAACACACUUCACCAUCCGACCCUAAGACCGCUCCUACUCCAUUGCCUAAACCUACUGCAUCCAAGAAGGAAAAAGCCGAAGCCGAGGACACCCAUCCAGCAAUCUUACCAGAGGGGUACAUACGAUAUCCACACUCGGAUAUGACUCCAUUUCAAAUCCUCACUUCAUCUUUAUUGCUUUCCAAACCCCUUUCUCACAAGUUGGGUAUAAGGACUAUAUCGACUUUACUUAAUCCUCCAUUCGAAUUUGGCAAGUUUGAUGUGUUGGUCAAAGCAGAUGAAGAGAGGAUAAGAGAGGGAUUAUGGAAAGCUCGAACUCAACAUAAAGAGAAGACUUCCGUGCAGCUUUUAGAGUUGGCCCAAGGAGUGAGGGGGCUGAAUGGUGAAGGAGAAGAGGAUAGUUUGGGAGGAAUCAAAAGGGCCAUAGAGGGUCUGGGGAAUGAUGAGGAGAAAGCUCAAAAGAGAGUAGGAGAUAUGUUAUCCACAAUCAAAGGAAUUGGACCGAUUGGAGUAUCGAUAUUCCUCAGGAGGAUUCAAUCACAAUGGAACGAAGUCUAUCCAUAUGUCGAUCAGAGGUGUUUGAGUGCUGCGAAGUCGAUUGGAUUGGUGGAUGAUAAGGCAGGUGCAAAGGAGAUGGCAAAAUUAGUAAAAGAUGAUAGUAAGCAAUUGGUCAAACUGUUAGAUACGCUCAUAGGGUUGGAUCUUGAGAAGAAAUUGGACGAUGUCGUUGAGAGGUAUACCUGA